AUGUCAGUGUGUGUGUGGGAUCUAAUAGACUUAGUGCCAAUGCGAUAUCAAUGGAUAGAGAGAUUACGACACUGCGGAAAGAGCCUGCUACGAAGGCAGCGGAGGCUAAUUCGGAGACUUAAAAAGAUGUACCUACACAGUUGGCGCUCUGACGAGUUGAGCAUGUUGGUAGGUGUGAAGACGACAGGUGCGACGCCUUUGGUCAUAGCGUGCAGGAAUGGUCACUACGACGUCGCCGAAUACCUCAUAGAACGGUGUAAAGCUGACAUCGAACAGCCUGGCUCAGUAACUUUUGACGGCGAGACGAUAGAGGGUGCGCCCCCGCUAUGGUGCGCCGCCGCGGCCGGUCACCUGCCACUAGUGCGGUUGUUAGUACGCGCGGGCGCUAACGUUAACUCUACAACGCGCACGCACAGUACACCCCUCAGAGCGGCUUGCUUUGAUGGACAUUAUGAUAUUGUUAAGUUCCUAGUUGAAAAUGGCGCGGAUAUAGAAAUAGCGAAUCGUCACGGCCACACGUGCCUCAUGAUAGCUUGUUACAAAGGCCAUAUACACAUAGCGAAGUACUUACUGUCAUUAAAUGCCGACGUGAAUAGGAAGAGUGUGAAAGGCAACACGGCGUUGCACGACUGUGCCGAGAGUGGGUCGUUACAUAUACUCAAGAUGCUGUUAGGGCAUGGAGCUACUAUGGAUGUGGAUUCUUACGGUAUGACACCUCUCUUAGCUGCCUCGGUAACAGGUCACACGCAUAUAGUAGAGCACUUAAUAAAUACUGAUAACGGCCUAGUGUCGCGACAGCAACGUAUCGACGCCCUGGAGCUAUUGGGCGCUACGUACGUUGACAAGAGGCGGGAUAUGGUCGGGGCUUUGGCGUUAUGGAAACGAGCGAUGGAUGAUAGAUUUCCACCGGACGACAGUGAGCCCAUACCCAAACCGAAGGAUAUACCUCGCAUAGAAGCGUACGAUUACGCGGUAGAACCAACCAACUUGCAACAACUCGAAGAGCUACUCGCAGACCCUGAUGCUAUGAGGAUGCAGGCUUUGGUUAUACGGGAGAGGAUAUUGGGCCCCGCCCACCCGGACACGUCGUACUACGUGCGCUACCGCGGCGCGGUGUACGCGGACGCGGGCCGCUUCUCGCGCUGCCGCCAGCUGUGGCACCACGCGCUGGACAUGCAGCGCGCCGUGCUGCCGCCGCUGUCGCCGCUCACGCAGUCCAGCCUCUACAGCUUCGCCGAGCUGUUCAGUUACAUGCUGGCCGAGAGGGCCCGACCUCCUCUCAGAGGUCGCAUAGUCCCACCGGUGACGUUCGAAGACAUAGAGCCGGUGUUCCUGAAAGCGUUAUCAGAGAUCGAUAGGGGCAUGGAGCUGGCCGCGUGCAAGGCGGCGGAGCGCGAGCACACGCUGGCGGCGCUGCAGCGCGUGCUCGUCAUCUCGCUGCACCUGGCGGCGCUGCUGGCGCGCCUGCUGGCCGCGCCCGGCUGCACCGACCACGUCUCGCGGCAGAUACACAAGGCCGUGUACAGGCUCGUCAAGUUGGAUAUUAAGGUGCGUCAAGGCCGGUCAGCGUUACACGUCGCCUGCUCGGCGGAGGUGGGGCGCGGGCGGGGGGCCUCGGGGGCCGCGGCGGGGGCCCCGGGCGGCGCGGGGGCCGCGGCGGGGGGCCCGGGCGGCGAGGCGUGCCCCGCGCUGGUGGCGCUCAUGCUGCGGCUGGGCGCCGCGCCCGACGCGAGGGACGCGGACGGCAACACGCCGUUACAUCUUGUUUGUAAGUUGAACCCAUGUCCAGCAGAAGUUGUACGCGAGUUGCUAUCUCACGGCGCUCAUAUCGACACAGUGAACUAUGAAGGGGAAACCCCUGAAGAAAUACUUAAGUCCAGCCAACAAAGCCUCAAUUCUAUACUGAUAAUAUUUAUAACUCAAGAUUUCAUCGUUUGUACUCUUUUUCACCAAUUUCUCCAAAUCAAUUGUCAAAAGAGGGACAUAAAUAGGAAUAAGAAGGAAAUGAAGAAGUUCGAGUUUUCAUCAAAAAGCAAUGAGUCUUUUCCAAUAUUUUCGGGUAAAGUCUUCUACAAUAUUUAUAAGGAUUCAGAAUUUUUGAGGCACAGUGAAAAUAUUGAAACAAUACUAUCGAAAGGAUAUGAAUUAAGACAAAUGUUAAAAAAGGUACAACCUGGGGAAGUGGUUGCACUCAAAGGAAUGAUCCUUGAAAGAAACACUCCUUUGCUAGUAAAAAAAACGGGACCUAAUGUUUCUGUUGAGAAUUUCGAAUUUACAGCAAACAGACUGAGUGGAUUAGUUGCAGCUUACGCAUUUGAGAACAAAGAAAGGUUUCCUGUUUUGAAAUCGAGCGAGGCCCUUGCCUUAGGUCUUACUUGGGAUAAUGGAAAUGAGACUAAAUGUAGACUUUUUCUGUCAGCGGUUACUGGUACAGAACAUUUUUAUGAACAAUUUUACUACUGGCCAUUAAUUUGUGCUUUGAGAAAACUUCAGCUUAAUAAAAUGACUAUAGAACCAGUUGUCAAGAUUGCUAAAGUAAAAAACCCAAAUGGCGAAAAAAUGGCUAAAGUUAUGAUGAGAAACCUGGUGUCUGUUAAGACUUUGUGGGAAAAUUUCCCUGGAGCUUCAAAGGCUGAUUUGCAACUUCAACUUGAAUCAGCCCCGCAGGCAUUGAAGAUGGUAUUCUUUGCUAAA